GGCCAGCCAGCGGCGAGCCAAACCGAGCGUACGCCAUGGAUCGCGAGUGGGGCUCCAAGCCCGGCAGCGGCGGUGCCGCCUCCGCCCAGAAUGAGGCUAUUGACCGGCGGGAGCGUCUCCGCCGCCUGGCCCUCGAGACCAUCGACCUCGCCAAGGAUCCCUAUUUCAUGCGCAACCACCUCGGCAGCUAUGAGUGCAAGCUGUGCCUGACGCUGCACAACAACGAGGGGAACUACCUAGCCCACACGCAAGGGAAGAGGCACCAGACCAACCUCGCCAAGCGCGCCGCCCGAGAGGCCAAGGAUGCGCCCGCGCAGCCCCAGCCCAACAAGCGCAAGCUUGCCCCCCGCAAGUCUGUUAAGAUUGGCAGACCCGGGUAUAAAGUAACCAAACAAUAUGAUCCUGAGACGAAGCAACACUCGUUUCUCUUUGAGAUUGGUUACCCUGAAAUUGAAGAUAAUUGCAAGCCAAGGCACCGCUUCAUGUCAUCAUAUGAACAGAAAGUCCAAAGUUGGGAUAAGAGGUAUCAAUACCUACUUUUUGCUGCAGACCCCUAUGAAAUCAUUGCAUUCAAGAUACCAAGUACAGAGAUUGACAAAUCAGCGAGCAAAUUCUUCUCUUACUGGGAUCCUGACAAGAAGGAAUACCUGCUGCAAUUGUACUUCAAGCCAAGGCCGCCAGAAGGUAGUAAACCACCACCAGCUCCUCCUGGAACUUUGCCUAAUGGGACUGGGGCUCCUGGUGCUCCACCAAGGCCACCGGGGCAAGCUCCCCCACCACCCCCGCCACAAAUUCCACCGCCCCCUCCUGCACCUAUGGGAAUGCCCCCUAGGAUUCCUCCACCACCUAUUGGGGCUGUUCAACCUCCGCCACCUCCAGCACGAGUGGCAAAUGGUCUGCGGCCAAUGAUUCCACCGCCACCUAACUUCACUCCCGGAGCACCCCCACCGCGCCCUCCAAUGCAAGGCUUUCCUGGGCAACAGCAGUAGUUGACUGCUUAGCAGGCAAUGUUCCAGUAAUUGGCAGUCAGUAAAAGUUUCAAGCUUGUGUUGACUAUUGUUUUUCGGCUUAAAACUUUGUAUGUUGUCUGGGACUAUACUCAAACGGCAGCUUGUUGGAUUUUUUUGUAUCCACAUUUAUUCAAGUGCUUGUUUAAAAAUAGCUAGUUUGCGUGUAUUCGGCUUCACAAACAUAUGAUACCGUUGAUUUUUUUUCGAAAACUUUGAUCCCUAAUCUUAUUCAAAGUAUUUAUUC